CGGUUUGACGCGCGGCGAUAAGGCGCUGCCAAGUCUGACAACAAAACAUAAUUUGCCUAACGUAACCUAUGCAGCUAAAAUCCACUGCCAUGACAUCUUAAAGGGGUGGAAGAAGACACGGUUUCAUGCUCGGUAGGUGACCGGAGUCGGUCAACUUUUCGCCGUUGAGCCGAGACGCCUGUGUGGACACUGGAGAAGCGACAAUGAGCUCGGAGCGCCAGAGCGACAGCGAGGACGCCGACGAGUCGCAGGACAGGCCCAACAGCGGCAGCGUCUCCGACAAAGACGAAGACCCUGACAUCGACGACUCGGAUGUGGAAGAUGACAUCGCUCGGGUGGGCUCGCCUUCGCCGCCGGGGAGCGGCGGGGACCGAGCGGAGCGUAGCGCGAGGUCUGCGGCGUCGGAGGAGCUAGAGCCCGGCUGCCAGCCGGCCGCCGCGCCGCAGACGGGGAGAGGCGGGGACUCCAGCACCGAUAGCCGCAGGGGGAACAGCCUGUUUUCAUGGCUGCAGAGCAGGACAAUAAGACGAGGGGUGUUUGUGGACCCAGCUCGGGAUAACUUCAGGACGAUGACCAGUUUGUACUGUUCUAUGAAUCCAGCUGUGGAGUCUGUUAACCUGAGCACUCAGACCCAUGGAGCAGUGUUCAACCUAGAGUACUCCCCGGACGGGUCUGUGCUGACUGUGGCUUGUGAGCAGACUGAGGUCCUGCUGUUUGAUCCCAUCUCAUCCAGACACAUCAAAACCCUGACAGAGGCCCACGAGGACUGUGUCAACAACAUAAGGUUCCUGGACAAUCGUUUGUUCGCCACCUGCUCUGACGACACCACGAUCGCGUUAUGGGAUCUGCGGAAGCUGAAUUCAAAGGUUUGCUCGCUGCACGGCCACGCCAGCUGGGUGAAGAACAUCGAGUACGACACCAACACCCGUCUCCUCGUCACGUCUGGCUUUGAUGGCAACGUCAUUACGUGGGACACUAACAGAUUUACAGAAGACGGCUGCCCGCACAAAAAGUUCUUCCACACCCGCUACUUAAUGAGGAUGCGUCUGACGCCCGACUGUUCCAAGAUGCUCAUCUCCACUUCCUCAGGGUAUCUGCUCAUCCUCCACGACCUGGACCUCACGCAGUCCCUCGAGGUGGGCAGCUACCGCAUGCUGCGAGCUCGACGGACCCCCCUCAGCUCAGAUGGAGGCACAUCAGCGUCCAGGUCGGCCGGAACUCCUCGCCAGGGAAAUGACUCCAGCAAGAUCCACCCUCACAGAGAAGGUCUUUCUCCCCGGAACAGCCUGGAGGUUUUGACUCCAGAGAUCCCCGGAGAGAGAGACAGAGGGAACUGCAUCACCUCCCUGCAGCUGCACCCUAAAGGCUGGGCCACGCUCAUCCGAUGUUCCAGCAACAUGGACGACCAGGAGUGGACAUGUGUGUAUGAGUUCCAGGAGGGAGCCCCCACCCGCCCGCUGGUCUCCCCCCGCUGCUCCCUCCGCCUCACCCACUACAUCGAGGAGGCCAACGUCGGCAGGGGCUACAUCAAAGAGUUGUGUUUCAGCCCGGACGGACGCCUCAUCUGCUCCCCGUAUGGCUACGGCGUGCGCCUGCUGGCCUUCGACGAGAGCUGCGGUGAGCUGGCCGACUGCCUGCCCGUCCAGACCAGCUGCCUCAGGGAGAUCCGCUCCAUCUACUCGCACAGUGACGUGGUGCUCACCACCAAGUUCUCCCCGACACACUGCCAGCUGGCCUCGGGCUGCCUCAGUGGACGCGUCGCCCUUUACCAGCCUAAGUUUUAGCGACGUGUGCGGUGCGCUGCAGACCUGGGUAGGGAAGUGCUGCUCAGGGUUCCUGCACAGAUCCAGAGAUUUUUGCAGAUUUGAAACUCUUGUCAGCUAAUAUAUGCAGAUUUUUGUCGUGCAAAGACUGUGUCUACACAGCGACAUGGCAUUCUUUGUGUCCUUUGGUGUAAAUUAUGUGAAAACCAUCAGAGGAAAUUAAAUCAAUAACUCUGAAUCUGUAGGAACCCUGAAUAACAUUUCCUAGCAUUUGUUUUAAAGUGCUGAAGUGGAGCAGAUGGGUGGGAUUUACCGUAUUAGAUAUUUGAAAUAAUGUGACGUAUGGGACCCUCUGCCGGACAAUCUGUAUGGAAAACUCCACCCACCUGGCACCUAAAAAGGAUCCAGCAAACCUUAAAAAAUAUUAAAGUACUUCUAGACCCAGGUCUGCAGCUGUGAAGCAGACUGAGUUUGUUUGGGUGGGAACGGCCCGCUGACGCCCGCUGACCUGGAAGAAAAUAUUAAAGGAGAAGACCGGGCUGCAGAAGUGGAUGAAAACUUUCAGCCUCUCGAACCUUCAAGGAAAAAAAAAACACUUUGAGGCAACAAAACAAAAAAAAGGCCUCGCUGGGCUUUUCAAACCACACUCCCACCCACACUGAGGAGGGGGGCGGUCCAAGAAGUCCAAACCUUGAAUCAAGAGAUCAACGGCGGCGGCCAAUCUGUGGCUCUUUUUCAUACUAAAGAUUAAUUUUGGCCUCUAUAGCAGUAGAAAACUUAUUUCGAGACUUGGCACAUCCGGAUGUUGCCGUUUCGGGACAGAAACACUAAGGAUGCAACCGGACAGACGGAUGUUAGACCAUCGAUUCUAACGAGACAAACCUGAAACAGGCGCUUGUGUCUGUCGUCUGCGCUGUCAUCACGGCGUCCUCCGCUGCGGAGCGCGUCGCUCUCAGCUGCUCCGCUCUGCUCAUGCCUUCUCCACAGGUGCUGCUUCUCUGCUCAUACAAUCUGAACUUUGACCCCCGACGUCAAGGACCUCAUCGUCAACGCCUUUCCAGUUUACCUGCGCGUUACUUUUUGUUUUCCCAUCUCCGCCCCGUCUCCACCUUCAUGGUCUUCAGCGGUUUAGGUUUUUAGCGGUUUUAUUGGUGUAUUAAAGUCGGCACUGCUUGUU